AUGUCCAAAAUUGAACAACAACAUAUUUAGAAUUUUGAUUUAGCUCUUGAGUUAAGAGCAGUUCAAAAUGAAGAUCUCGAACCCCAAUAUUUAGAACAUUGCUUAAGAGAUACGAGAAGGUAACUAUCGAUCACUAAUAACUAAAUUCAAAGUCAAACCAAAAGUGAAAAAAGCAAUGAUGCUUAUGAUUUUAGAACACCCAAAAAUACAACUCAUCUUAAUCUGAAUAAUCUACCAUCUAAUGAUGCUUAGCAAAUUCACCUUCUAACUCCUAACAGCAAAAAUCAAGAGAAAUAAAAGAAUACAGGGUCAAGCAUCAUGCAGUUCUUUUUUAUAAGACGUUUUUUGGAAAAGCUUACUUUUUAGAGAAAAAAAUUGGAAAAUUUAAAUGAUACUCACCUUAAUCUAAUAGAUGAUAAGGCAUCUGACAAAGCUAUUUUAUAGGAAUACAAAUAAACAAAAGUGUAAAAGGGAUUGACGAUCAAUUAAUUAAAUAGAAUAGUAGCAACGAAAAUAGAAAUAAAGGAAAAUAGAUGGGACAAAUUCAAAUCUGCUUUAUAAGAGCAAAAGUAAAAUGCCAUUAAAUAAAUCACUUUGAUUGCGAAUAAGAUUCCAUUAAUAUAACCAGAAAGUGAUUUCAAAUUAUAUUGGGAUAUAUUUGCAUCUCUUUUUAGGAUAAUCUUGGUGAUUCUAGCACCUUUGGAAAUAUCAUUCACAACUAAAAUCCUCUUUUAAAAUUAUUUGGGACUAACGAUAACAAUAUUUUUGAUUUUAUAAUUAGAUUUAUUUGUGAGAAUAAAUACAUUAUGCUAUGAAAAUGGAAAGGCCAUAACAGAUCGAUGGGAAAUUAUAAAACGACAAUUGAACAAAUCAUGGUUUACCGAUUUCUCAGUCAUCAUAUUGAUUGUUGCCUUUAUGGCCAAUCCUCAUGCUUAAGAUGGUUAUGAUUUGUUUCUUCUCAUUUUAUUAACGCAAUACAAACACAUAUUUGAGGGUAUCUCUAAAAUAGAUUAAAUAUCUUAUUUUACCAGACCACAAAGAGGGAUUAUUGGAUUAAUAAAGUUUUUGACUAGUUUAUUAUAUAUCCUCCACUUAUUUAGCUGCAUUUGGUUUUGGUUUAGUAGUUUAGAUUAAUCAAAUUCUUGGAUUUUGAAUAAGGAAUUAAAUGGAUAGACAUGGCAAUUACAAUAUUUGGAAUCUAUUUACUUUGCUAUUGUGACAAUGCUUACUAUUGGAUAUGGAGACAAUGUGCCUAAGAACUCGAUAGAAAAGAUAGUUGCCAUCAUUUUCAUUCUCGGAGCUUGUUUAUGGUUUUCUUAUAGUGUAAAUUUUAUUGGGGCCAUAAUGAAUGAUAUCACUUAAAAUUAAGUAGAAAGAAGCUAGAAAUUAAGGGUUAUCAAUAAAUAUAUGACAUAAAGAUAAAUUCCUUUUAGUCUAUAACACUAAGUUUAAGAGUAUUUGACAUACAGAUGGAAGGAGGAUGAUGAAGUAGAUUUGGAAAUGGAAUAGUUGUUGUUAGAGUAAUUAUCAGAUGAAUUAAAAGAGGAAUUGGAGAAAUAAGCAAACAAGGUGUUUAUUAAGAAGUCUGAACUGUUAUAGAAGUACUUUUCAGCUGAAUUUCGAAACGCCCUUUUUAAAUCAAUCAAGCGCAAAAUUAUAUAGCCUUAAAACAUUUUUUCAACAGAAAUGAAUGGACAUUAGCAUCUUUGUUAUGUUGAAUAAGGUGCAAUUUUAUAUCAACACAAGGAUAGAAAGCAAAGACCAAAAAUGAAUGCUUAAAUCUUAUAAGGUCAAUUUUUUUGUGUAAAAGAAUUUAUUAUGUAAAAUCCAGAAUAUGAAUUAUUCAAAGCUUAGAGUUACGUUAGUUUGUUGAUGCUCUCCAAAAUGGACUUUUUGGAAACACUUAAAGAUUUCCCUAAUGAUUUCUAGAAAUAUUGUCAACUCAGAGAUACUUAUUCAUUGUCUAAUGAAGAAUUGCUGAUAUAAUAUGCCAACUUUUGUCCUGCAUGUAAUAAUUUUGAUCAUCAAUUAAAAAGUUGUGGCCAAGUUCAACUUAAGUUAAAUCAAGAAGUCAUUCUGAAAAAACAUAUUAUGAAUCAAGAAUAAAUAAGAUAAAAAUUCAAAAGAAAAACUCUUGAUAAGCCUAUUCAAACAAGAGCUGAAUUAGCCUUUGUUUAAGAAUGUGCUUCAUACUUUUCAAAUGAAAAUCAGAACUUUAUUAAUGAACAAACAAAACUACAAUUAGUGUAUGAGGCAGAUAAUGAUUCGAUUUAAGGUAAUUCUGAAACACAUAAUGUGUAUGAUGCUCUACCUUCAGUUAACAUCAUAUAAUUUAAUGAUAUGCUGGCAAGCAAUAAUAAAUCUACUUAAAUCAAGACUCUUCCUAGAUUAGAGUUUGAGGAAGAGAAACCAAAAGUAAAGGAAGAUCUUACUAAGUCCAAUGUCUUGUCUCCAUAAUAUGCUCGUAUUCAAAGGAGAACCUCAUAGCCAUCUAAAUAACUUCAAAGGAAGAAUACACGAUCUCAUUCUAUUCUAACUUAAAUGAUCGAAAUAGCUGAAGAACCACAUGAAACCACUGUUUUAAUUCAUGAAGAUGAAUAACUCAAAAAGGAUCAAUUCUUUAGUUAGAAUAUGAAGGAAAAUAUACGAUGUCUUUAUAAUAAACUACUCAGAACUUAGGAUGAUAAAGAUAAUUCUGUGAAAUAGGGUCUCCAUUCAUUAUAAUAUAUUUAUUGGUAACAGAAUGCUAUAACUUUAGAAGAUUUUGAAACUGUCCAAAAUUAUGAUUUUUACUACCCUUAAAGUAAUGUUCAUUAUAUUAUUGAUGCAGUAAAUAAAAAUUUACAUUAAUGGCAAUUUGAGAUUUUAAAUAAAUACUAAAAGUACUUAUACCAUCCAUUUUUAUUUAUAACUAAAUUUUUGAAGCUGAAAAGAUUACAAUAAUAAACUGGAGGGUCAAAUCUAGUAACCAAAUUCAAAAAAGCUUAAAAAAAGAUAUGGUUAAUUUAAUUAAGGAAUAAUCUGUCCUCAAAAAAAAUAAUUUCAUCAACUAAAAUAUCAAAAUCAAAACUUAGUUCUAUUAUCCCUUGUUCUCAAGAUAGUUUACCUUCCAUUUAAAUGAGUUCAAAUUGA